AUGAUUGUCUUCUUGCUAUUGCUCUUUAGCACGGCUGUGGCCACUACGAACUCAAAGCUACUGGCUACCGAAUCUGGUCAGAAGGAUGCAAUCCCUAACUGGGACUUCCAACAGAUAAGCAAAGUCACCGAAAACCUCACAUCGCUUUCUUUAACCAACAUUGAUACUUCUUCCUGGCACCAUGCACCUGUAUCCCGGUGUACCCUGAUGGCCUGUCUCCUGGCCCAAGGCACCUACGAACUAGACGGUCAUGAUGGUCUCUGGUACUCCGACAAUCUCGCACAAUUCGACGACAGUCUCUUUCAUGUUCCAUGGGUUUAUCGCAAUCAAUUCAAAUUGAAAAGUGGAUAUCAAUCGCCAGAUGUCCAUUACUUCUUAGAAACCAACGGAAUCACCCCCGCUGCAGACUUGUUCCUCAAUGGGAAGCAAGUCGCCAAUAAUGUCACGCAGUCCGGUUCUUAUGGCGGCCAUACAUACGACAUCACGCCUCAUGUUGGGGAGGAAAAUGCACUUGUAGUCAAGGUGUAUCCUACAGACUAUCAAUAUGACUUCGCCGUCGGAUUCGUCGAUUGGAAUCCAUAUCCACCUGACAAUGGGACGGGAGUGUGGAGGGACAUCACUAUCAAACGGACGGGCGACGUCUUUAUGGGCGCCGUGGGCGUACUCGUCAACAUGGAUACUCCUAUCAAAUAUAAUCAAGAUCAUCACGCAGUCAUUACUGUCAAAGCUCAGGCUCGCAACUUGAAAAAGAAGCCAAUAAAGUUCGUGGCUAAAGCCAAUAUCAAGUCUCCAAAUGGAAAGACCCUCACGGUAAUAACGAAGACUCUGAGCCUUGGAGUCGGGGAAUCGACCACAGUUGAGCUUUCCGCAAAUAUCAAGAACCCAGAGGUUUGGUGGCCAGCCGCUUGGGGCGAACAGCCUUUAUACUCUGCCCAACUGACUUACUCUAUCAGACAUGACACCUCGGAUGUAAGCCCUGUCACCAAUUUUGGCAUUCGAACCGUCACUUCCGAGCUCAACUCACACAACGACACUACGUUUCUUGUGAAUGGCUACCCCAUCCAGAUCACAGGUGGUGGAUACACUUCGGACAUGUUCUUGCGGUGGGAUCCCCGCCGCUUCGAGCAUAUAGCACGCUAUACUCUAGACAUGGGCAUGAACACCAUCCGACUCGAGGGGAAAAUGGAGCAGCCAGAGCUCUACGGCAUUGCUGACAGACUUGGUCUUAUGCUCAUGGCAGGUUGGGAAUGUUGUGAUCGAUGGGAAAGUUGGCCCUAUAAUCACGACUUGUCCAUGGACCCUCCUCCUAAGUGGCAUGACGCUGACUACCAAACUGUCAACGCUUCAAUGAGGCAUGAAGCCGCAAUCAUGCAAUCCCAUCCAAGUGUCAUCGCCUUUCUUGUUGGAAGUGAUUACUGGCCCGAUGACCGGGCCACUAAAAUCUACCUGAACGGCUUACACGAUGCGGGAUGGCAAGUCCCCAUCAUAUCCUCGGCUGCGAAGCGCGGUCACCCAAAGCUUCUUGGUCCAUCCGGGAUGAAGAUGGAAGGACCUUAUGACUGGGUUCCGCCAGUCUACUGGUUUAAUAGAGAACCGACAGCCAAGAGGUUUGGAUCAUCUUUUGGAUUCGGAUCAGAGCUCGGUGCAGGUGUUGGAACGCCUACCAAAGGAAGUUUGGUCAAAUUCUUGACAGAUAACGAUAUGGAGGAUUUGUGGAAGAAGCCGAACAAAGGCCUCUACCAUAUGUCUCAGGAUACUUCUCAGUUUCACGAUCGGUCCAUCUACAACAAGGCACUGUUCAAGCGGUACGGCAAACCUACAUCUCUGGACGACUAUCUCAUUAGCGCGCAAAUGAUGGAUUAUGAAGCAAUUCGCUCUGAAUUUGAAGGCUGGGGCAGUCAUUGGAGCUCUUCCCGCCCAGCCACAGGUCUCAUCUACUGGAUGUUGAACAAUGCCUGGCCGAGUCUUCACUGGAACCAAUUCGACUAUUAUCUCCAUCCAGCUGGGACUUAUUUCGGCACCAAGAUCGCCACUCGUGUCGAGCACGUAACGUUUGAUUACUUCAACAACUUUAUCUGGGUUGUCAACCGCUCACUCAAAAAGUCCGGUCCUCGGUCGGUUCACAUUGAAUUGGUGGAUCUGAAAGGAAAACAGAUCUCUCGCCAAACUCUUCGCCUAUCCACAAAGUCUAACAAGUCUCAAAAGGUUGGCGAUAUUAGCAGCUCGAUCAAGAAAAUUGAAGAUGUCGCAGUACUUCGGUUGACCCUUGUCGAUGACGACAACAACGCGGUGCUCAGUCGCAACGCGUAUUGGCUAUCGAAACAAAACGACAUAGUAGACUGGGCAUCCACGACAUGGUACGUCUCCGACGUCAAACAGUUCGCCAAUUUUACUGCAUUAAAUGAGAUGGACCGAGCAACUGUUACUCUGGCGCCGUCCGGUGGUAAAGCUUCUGGCAAGUGGAAAAUUCGAGUAAAGAACACUAGCCCAGUUCCGGCUGUAUUCAUUCAGUUCAACCUCGUGGAUAAAGCUGGCAAUGAUGUGGCUCCGUUGACCUUGUCAGACAAUUAUUUCACUUUACUUCCACGUGAAGAGAUUGAAGUUGAGCUUGAAGACUGGUCAAAUAAGGGCGUCAAGGUGGAAAUGAUUGGGAAGAAUGUCAAAGCAUCUCAGGCUAGACUUCGCUAA